CGCGAUCGUAGCAGCAGCCGUGGUCGCCGUCGCUCUCCUCGUCGUUCUUCGCCGCGUCGCACAUCUCCUCGCAGGUCUCCAAAGAGGUCCCCCCGCCGCACUUCUCCGCGAAAGGCCAGUCCUUCUAAACGAAUUUCAGUCAGAAACCUAAGCAGAAAUGUCACUAAGGAGCACUUGGCUGAAAUCUUUGGAAUGUAUGGACUCAUAAAAAGUUGCGACCUUCCACCUGAAAGGUUCUAUUCUCAUCUUCACCGAGGUUAUGGAUACGUGGAAUACGAAAACGCUGAGGAUGCUGAGAAGAACAGUCUUUGUCCUAUUGAAAUCUCAGAUGUGUUCCCAUUACAGGCUCUAAAAUACUUUGACGGAGGACAAAUUGAUGGACAGGUGGUCAGCGUUGAACUAACGCUCAAUCGCACCGCCUCUCGUCGCUCACCAGCUCGUAAAAGUCCUGUCAGAAGAAGUCCUCCAAGAAGACGUUCACCGGUCGGACGAGAUCGUGGCAGUGGAAAUAAUGCAAAUAUGAUUCCUCUCGGCUCGAGUCGUUUCAAUCGCAGCCGUUCGCGGUCACCGCGCAGAAGGCGCAGCAGAUCAUAA